AUGGAUCAUGCCGAGCAGCAACCUACCGUGACCAGCGCGGAGACCCCUAUCCCGUCUUCUUCCCUGCUAGCAAGACGUCGCAAAAACGACCGCUCACGCUCCCAUUCUUCUGGCAGUCCGAAUCCUUCUAGCUCAUCGGUUGACCCUGCGUCUCCCGAAGUAAUUACCUCGUUGAUAUCCUCGCUUUCAGCCAUCUCCAUCCCGCUACAAUCGCACUUUGACUUGAACGUCCCACGUAUCGACUCCGAAACCAACCCAUCUUCGCCAGUAUAUUUUCCUCCCGAAAACCUUUCUGUUUCCGAUCAAUGCCCGCCGAGUGAUCAAGGGUUUGGCGUGACAUAUGGCGCGCAGAACUUAGAGGAGCCGCCACACAGCCCUUUCCUGCAUCCAGAUGAUGCGGCAGCCUCGCCAGUUAUUCGCAUGGCACGGGCGCCUCUAUCUCCGAAAUCUCCAAAGUCGUCAAAGUCCAAGCUCAACCCUGAACGACCUGCUUCUUCCGGGAGACCGGCCUCAAGGGGCUCAUUCGCUUCAAGCCAAGCGGCAUACGAGGACUCGACAUUUGGUACGAUAACGGCAGAACCUGGCCCUCAACGUCUUUCAACUGCGGCGAGCAUUCAUUCGACAAGCUCGAGAAAGAGUCUGAAGAGCUUAUUACGGAAACCGUCGCGCGAGUUUGCCAGCGAAAAGGACCGACAAAUCGAACGAUUACGGAAGACAAGUAGCUAUACAGACGGCCUGAGGCAUAACGUCCCUCGUAGUCGCGCUAGCUUGCGCUCUCUACAUUCAAUGGCCGACGUUGUGGAAGAAGGAAGGCCCAGCCAAUUUGGGACUGAAACUCCUAGGGAAUAUGCGAUAGGCACACCCACCGGAAAGGAGCGCUCCUCGCUCCAGAGCAAUCGCGAAAGUGCACCAAGCACACCUGGAGGCAUUGGAAGCGGAAGAAUCAUACCUGCUCGGGAGUCAUCCUUAAGGCACGGCUACUCCUCCAGUCCGAAGCAUCGGAAAACCGGCCGCCACAGCCGAUAUUCAUCUACUGCUAGUAGGGAGGCGAAAACAGACAGUGCCAUCUCCGGAGUCGGAAAUGAGCCGGAACAGGUGACCAAAAGAAUCCAAGAGCUAAAGGACCAGCAACAAAGGAUCAAGAGUGAAUUGGAAGCAGACAACACUCCGGAGCAGCCGACGAAACAGUCACCAACCGUGCAACGGCCACUGGACUCGAGCGAAGCUAUUGAUAGUAUCGUGCAGCAUGAAUUGACCAUUGAUGAAAGUGCUCCGUCUCCCGCAAUACUGACGGGGAGAAGCCGAUCGUUCCCACGACAUAGUCCUCAGCUGACUUCUUCGAGGCCUCCAAUUGUGUCAUCGCAGUCGUUUGCGGCGAGGCAGUCCUUUGAGCGUCGGGAGCCCUCAGAGAAGCUGCGAUACAGGCGUUCUGUGGAAUCUCAACCCGCAACUCGGCUCCAUAAACGAUCCACGUCCGGCGCAGUUUCCCUCAACCGCACUUCGGUUGUUGGCGAGGACCGUCCGUCAAGUGCAGACUCCAUUGAUCUUGCUGUUAUUGAAUAUGUAUGCUCACCGAAAUUAACUCAACGGGUACUUCACCCCACAAGUGGCCGCAUUAUAGCGUUUUCAGAAGUUGGAGAUCCCAAAGGCCAUGUUGUCCUGUGCUGCCUGGGCAUGGGAUUAACGAGGUAUCUCAUGGCUUUCUAUGAUGAGCUGGCGCGUUCUCUUGGCCUGCGACUUGUGACGUUGGAUCGGCCUGGAGUUGGAGAAAGUGGCCCUUAUGUGACUGAUGCUGGGACCCCUCUCAGCUGGCCUGAUGACGUUGCCAUUGUCUGUAAUCAUCUCAAAGUCACCAAAUUCUCUAUCUUGGCCCACUCUGCGGGUGCCAUUUAUGCAUUAGCUACGGCGCUGCGGAUACCUCAACACAUUCGCGGUCGUAUUCACCUAUUGGCACCGUGGAUCCCCCCUUCUCAGUUGUCCAAUAUUGGCUCUUACAAGACGCCUGUGCCUAGUAACGCCGUGCCUUACUCACAUAGGAUUCUCCGAGCCUUGCCGACCUCUUUUCUCAAGAUAGCCAACUCCAGCUUCAUGAGCGCCACGAGUGCAAGUCUUACGUCCAGUCUGCCAAAAUCUCCUCGGCGUAGCAAGCGUCGAGCUACCAUGAAAGACGGCUCUCACCCUAUAUCUCUUGAUGCUCAACAGUCUGAAAAGGUGGAUUUCAAGUCCGUGGAUAGCACAAAACUGGCCCGUGAUCUUCACAGGCUGAAUGACAGCAAGACCCAAGUCGUGACCAGCCAGACUACAGUUGACGCUCCAGAGCGUGAACGACAAACCGACUACGAUAAUCGUUUGACGCACAAGAUUUGGGAACUCGCCACAACGCACGCCAACCCCGCCGUGGACUUGCUGGUUUGUUUAGAGCGACAACAACAGAUCGGGUUCCGAUACGUCGACAUCACUCGGAAUGUUGUGAUACACCAUGGGAGUCGAGACACUCGUGUGCCGGUUGACAAUGUCCGGUGGCUAGGUCAAACCAUGCGGCGCUGCGAGGUCCGAGUCCUCGAGGGUGAAGGUCACGGGCUGAUGGCUUCUGCCACCGUGAUGGGCAAUGUUCUCAUGGAGAUUGCCAAGGAAUGGGAGGACUGGAUGACGGUGGUUCAAGGUAAACGCAGAGCGACUCUUGGAACGCGCUCAGGAGCCAUGAUUGCCGUUUAG